GUCAUGAUUUCCGCUUGUCAAUCCCUCUCGGGAACAAGCGCGGGAGACCUGGGUUCGACUCCCAGUCGGGGAGAUUUCUUUUUUUGGUUUUGCCCCUCUGGGGAGGGGGUUGAGGGUAGGAAGGGUAGUGUGUUUUUUAUACCUUAGGUGGGUGGGUAGUGUUGGUUAUGUGGGUUUUUAAUGAUUUUGAUCUGGGUUGUUGAAGUACUGGUUAUAAUUACUUUUUGGUUGUGGUUGUUUCUGGUGUCUUUCGUGUGGGAACGAGAUAUUUACAUUGGUUGGGAUGUUAGGUUAUGGAUGGCUUUGGAAUCGAUGAAGGUGUAUGAGAUGAUGAGUACAAGUGCUCAAUUGUGUGUUGCUUUCUGGUGAUGAUGGUUGCUAUUUGGCAUAGAGCGUUUGGUGCCGGCCAGAUCAUUUAUUACGGGGGCAGUAGUAUAUAGACUACGGUAUAGAG